GACGGUUCCUGUCCCCAUCAGGAUCUCUGCGGGGUCAUGGGGUUGGCAUGGGGCGCUGGGGAACCUCCGAAUGUGGCAGUUGUCCCACCGCGGGACACGGCGGGGACCAAGCCGCGAGCCAGCGGAUGAGCCAUUUGCACCGGUAGGGAGGUGACACGGGUGAGGACACAGACCCCUGGUCACCCCCAGCAGCAACCCCUCCCCCCUCCCAGCCCAGAACCCACCGCCCCAAGAAGCCUCAUGGCGGCUCUUCCCCCAGCACCCACCGGGUGUCGCUGGGAGAGCGGGCUGCAGCCCUGCAAAACCUGGGGCUGCCUUCUCCCGUCUGCUUCCCCGCCUGCUUCCCUGCCCUACCUGUCUACAGGGCCCCUACCUGUUCCUGACCAUCCGGGGGAUUGCAGUUUGCUCCUCCACCCUGCCCUGCGCCUGUGGGAGCACCCAUAGCAGCCAGGACCGUUGGAUGUAGUGGAGACAAGUCUUUUCCCCGGGGCUGCAGGGACACUGGGUGACAGUGGGGGGGAUAGUCACAGUUUGAAGUACUGCUAUGAUUUAAUCCCAGCAGGCUGCUCAGACCCCCUCAGCUGCCCACUCACACACACCUCUGGUGGGAUGGGGUACAAAAUGGGGAAAGAUAAAAUGGUAAAAGGGACUAAACUGACAGAUCAGCUUAUUAGGAAAAGCAAGGAUGUCCUAUAGUCUGGGGUAUCCCGGGGCGGGAGGGGGAGCAGCAGAGGUGUUCCAUUCAUGUCCCCUCCCAAUUUCUAUGCACCCCCACCGCGCUCAGUCGCUGGUGUGGCAGAGGGAGGAGCAGAGAAGUCCUUGGGGCUCUGUAAGCACUGCUCAGCCAAGAUCAGACACUCCUGGGUUAUCAGCACUGCUUUCAGCACAACUCCAAAACAGUCUCGCCCUGGCUCCCAUGGGCAAAAUGACCUCUAUCCCAGUCAAACCAGUACAGGACUCCAGGGGACCUGGAAGGUUGGGAACAGGUGCAAGGUGCUGGGGAAACCAGGUGCAGGGAGCCUGGGGUGGGCGCGGGGCAGCUGAGGUCAUAGUGUGUCCGUGGGUAUGGGGACAGUGAGGGGACGGCAGUUGUCCUGUGUUUAAUUUGUCGGCACAAAGAGGCAGCUCAGCCGGCAGUGAGACCCUUUCCAAGGCCCAAUGGCAAUGGGGCAGAGGCAGUGGGACCCCCAUGUUGCCCCUUCACGCUGCUCACCCAAAUGCACCCUACACGUGCUGCCCGCCCUGCCUGUGCCUUCUCCGCCUCCUGCCCGCCCCGCAGCUGAACUCCCGGCCCCGGGCCCCUCGCCCCUCUGCACCCCCGGCAGAUGCAAGCAAAGGCCCCGGAGCAGAUGGCAACAUUUGGUAGCCGAGUGGUCCCUGCCUGCGGGACUUUGCUGGGCUGUGAUGACCAUCCCUCCAGGAAGCCCCCUCCUCACCCAGCCAGGGCUGGGGAGCCCAUCCCAACUGCAAGCCAGCACAUGCCAGGGGCUGCAGAGGGGAUCUCAGGGUGGGCACACUGCCAUGCCAUGGGGGUGACAGGGUGGCAUGGAAAGAUCGGCAGCCCAGAAAAGCAGGGGUCUGUCUUUGAGCUCAGCCCUAGUGAGGCCCAUCCCCUAAUAUCUUCUUCCAUGUGUGAGGAGUGGGGAUGGUUUACCUGGGCAGAGGGUGGCUGCUGUUCAGUCGCUGGGGGACAAGGGGACCCCCUCACUCCAAGGACUAUUGGCCACCCUAUUUGAGACGGUAUGACCCCCAGACUUGGGGACCUGCUGGCGGCUCUCAGCCUGGACCCUGGCAGCCCCAGCCCUAUUUGCAUUCCAUUUCCAUGUGAAAGGAGCAGGUCAAGUUGAAAGUGGAAAGGCUGGUGGGGGGCAGCAGGGAAGGGGCCGCUGCCGCUGCCGGAGGUGAGACCCCAACAAAAGGGCCGGAUCCCCAGGGCCCAGCGCUUGCCUGGCCAUGGGCUGCGGCCACGGCCCCACUGCUGCCGCCAUCUGCGGGUCUGCGCCGCCACCACCGGCCAGACAAAGGCCUCGUGCCCAGCAUGUCCCCAUCUGUCACCUCCCUGGCUCCCGGAUCCCUGAGCACAGACGAGUGUGAACAUCCGGGUGCAUCAUUCCCUCUGCCCACAGGGAAUGGGGUGAUGCCGGGUGCAGCGGGUGCUUCCCCAUUCUGUCCCCAUGUCCCUUCUGGAGCAGCUCUGUAGAGCUCUUGCUGGGGAAACUGAGUCAGGAGCAGGUGGUGGCUUAUCCUGGGUCUGGGCACAGCAACGGGCUGAAAUAAAACAUUAGGAGUUAACACCCAAGAUGAAGGGGCUGGGGACCUCUCAGCUCUGGGGGUGCCUCUGCGUGGGGGUGCCCACACUGCCGAGCCCCAGCCCUGAGGCUUGGCAGGUGUUGCCAGGCACCCGUAGCUGCCUCCACCCAGCACUUCCAGGGGUAAAUUGGCUGCUGAGUGUGUUUUCUGUUCGUUGGCAGCUUAAUUUAGCAUCCAGGAGGUCCUGGCAGUGGCACGAGGGUGUCUGUAGAAGGUGAGAGCAAAGGCAUUGCCUGCCAGGGCCACAUUGUCCCUGUGUUCACAAACACGGUCCCACGUGCUCCUGGGGCAGCGGUGGGGAUGAGGCACCGGGUGCUGGGGGAGCAUUCCCGCAGGAGGCUGCUCUCCCGGGGCAUGUCCCAGGAUGCUCCCGGGGAGGGCGAGGCUUGGGGCGCAGCCUGGAUCCAACGCCCCGCUCCAACGGGCCAGACGUGCCUGAGCAGCUCCUGCAGCCUCCUGCCUGCAUCCGCACAGCCUCGGCACCCAUGGGGGGACGCAGCCUGCGGGCUCUGCCUUCGCCCACCAACUGGGAUUUUCUAGCUGAGCCCGUUGUGCGAAUCUGGGCUCAGGGCAGCCCUCUGGCUCCCAGACUGUGUGCUUCCUCUGGCCCUUCUUCCUCCACCAGCUCCUUGUCUUGCUCCAGGAGCCAUUUGAACAAUGCAGGGCUGUAACUGAGCUCCACAACAUGAGCCAAAUUCUCAUUCCCCCUGUGCAGACAUGAAUGGAGAUGCCUGUACCAUGGGGCAGGAGCCACCCUGCCUGGGCUGUGUUCAGGCCAACAGGUCCAGGUGGCUGCAGGCUCGGUGACACUGUUCCAGUCUGUCACCUCCCUUCCUGCUAUCCAGUUUAUUUUCCUAUGUUUUGGAGUUUAUUGCUGCUGGAUGAGUGGGGAAACAAGAUGAGAUUUCCAAAUCAGAGCAGACCCUGCCAACUGACCGUACCAGUGAUAUGAGGAAAUCCGGGUGCCCACAACAAGGCUGGGAUUUUCCUCUGUGUCCCUGAAGCCUUAACCCAGCACCAGCACCCUCUGCCCACAGCGAGCAGUGACAUCCAGAAGCAUUUUAGAUUUGUCACUGUGAGCACCUCGGGCCGUGUGUGUAUCCAAGCUGCCCAGCCAGCACCGCGGGCUGAACCGGCACCUGGGACGUCACUGGGCACCAGAAUGCUGCGUGACGCAGCCUGGCACGGAGGAAUGCCCCGUGGUUUCCAUCCCAUGUGAGCACUGAUUUGCCUCGGAGGGCGUCCUCGCCCGGCGCUGACUCAGCGGCAGCCGCCGCAUGCAGAACUGCUCCAGCACUGUCCAGCUGCCAUCAGCGGGGAGACGGGGAGGACGGGGCUGGGGAGCAGGAGGGUGGGGACAGCAGGACACCAUCGGGACACCCUCGCGAAGAGAGCAGGGAGAAGAAGGGAGGCAGCUGAUCUGUGCCGACGAGGCUCCCACGCCGCAGGGCCAAUCCAGCCCACGGCACCUGAGCUCCUCGCUGCCCGUGGCGGCCGCUCACCCGUGUCCCGGUGCCGGCACGGAGGAUGCCCGUCGAGGCGCUGCAAGUCGGUGACACCAUGAAGGGGGUGACGGUGACGGCGCCUUUCACCUCGGCCAUGCCCGUCCGUAUCCUCCGCAAAGGGCCCGCAUAUUUCCGCCGGCACGCUGAGCCGGGGGCCGGGAAGCCCAGCGCAGUGGAGAGGCUGGAGGCCGACAAGGCCAAGUACGUGAAGAGCCAGAAGGUCGUCAGCACCAAGCAGGAGCCUGUGAAGCCACUGCUGCUCAAGCAACCUCUCUUCACCCCCGGGGUGCGCCGGGCUGUGCUCACCCCCAGCCGCAGGGCACCCCCGGGGCCACGCCGCGCCGAUGCUGCCAGCCCGAAGACCUCCCUUGACCUCGAGAUCCUCAACAACCUCAUAAACCUCUGUGACAGCCCCUUUCCUAAGGCGGAGAGCCCGCUGGGCAGGGAGUGCAGGUGGCGGGCGGAAGCGCCAGCGGCGGAGGGGACUCUCAAGCCACCGGAGAGCCCGGCCACCCCCAAGCCCCCCGGCAACGUGGCCGUGCGGAGGGUGGACGUCCGUCCCUGUGGAGCUCCGCGGAGCCCAGUGACACCGCUGCCUGCAUCCCCCAUCCCAGGUGGGCUGCCUGUUACCCCGUCCCGGAGCUCACCCGCCCGCCCGGAGAGCGCCCGCCGGCAGCCGCUGCUGCACCGCUCCAAGUCGGACCUGAGCGAUCGGCUCUCGCGGGCCACCGCCGACCUGGAGCGCUUCUUCAACUACUGCGGCCUUGACCCCGAGGAGCUGCAGGACAUGGGGGCUGAGCGCUUCGCCCGCGCCAGCUCUGACAUCGUGUCCCUCAAGUUCCACAGCGUGAGCACGGCCAGCUCGGAGGGCGGCCGCUCGCCGCCCAGCGCCGCCACGCCGGAGGGGCGGCCGGCGGAGCGUGUGCCCUACGGCAUCUCCAUCAUCGAGCGCAACGCCCGUGUCAUCAAGUGGCUCUACGGGCUGCGCCAGGCCAGGGAGCCCCAGCAGGUCUCCGAUGUGUAGCAGUGCCGUGGUGGGCACCGGGGAUGGGUCGGUCAUAAGUGGGCAGUGCUGGAUGGGGACAAAGUGCUGGCUGUGCCCUGGGAGGAGCAGAGACCUCUUGGUGGUGACAGGACCCUUGAACUCAGCCCUGCUGUGCCGCAGCAUCACUGGCCUGAUGUGGCCAGGGAUCCAUGGUCAGACCCCUGUGCCAGCACUGGAGAACCAGAUCCCAUGGGAAGGCAGAGGACACGUGUCCCUGGGUGUGUGGCUGGUCCUCAACACCCACAGGGCCUCAAAUGUGGCUGCCCUGCCUGUACUGCUGGCAGCUCCUGCCUGUCCUGCUUCUCACCAGCACCGUUGGGUGGGGUGCAAGGGGCUGGGUCCCCCUGCACGGAGCAGGGACACUGUACCCUUGAAGGAGCUGCCCCUUGCAGCCUCCACGGAAGGGGUCCCACUGCCUGGGGUGGUGGCCACAUCCAGGUGGUCCCAUCUUAUUGCUGAAGAAAAGCCUGAUGCUUUGAGGGGUGAGGGGAAAACCUGACCCCCUGCUUCAAGCUGCUCAGAGCUGUGUGUCUGUGUGAGUGUCUGGGUGCCUGUGUUCCCCUUCCUGGCUGCCAGUGGGCAAAAAGCCCCCACCAUGCUGGGCCUGGUAUUUAUGAAGACAAAAGUUCCUCUUUUCUACUCUUUUCCUUAUGUUUGAUCUGUAAGUAAUAGUAAUAAUUAUAAUGCAGCCAGUUUUAUUAAAUGCCUGUGUUUUGGA